AUGACGAAGAGAGAUAGCGGUAUUCUGGAACUGUUCGGCUCGCUGGGCGACCUGGAUGUGGCGACGCGCGUGAAGACCACCACGCAGCUCAUAAAGGCCCUACAGGCCAAGCAGCAGGGCCAGCAGACGCCCUCUGAGGACCUCAAUUACGCCCUGAAGCGAUUGGUGCGGGGCCUCAGCUCCUACCGCGAUGGUGCGCGCCAGGGCUUCGCACUUGGCCUCACGGAGGUGCUCCACACAUUCGCCGUCGUGUCGGUCCGGGAAGUCCUCACACUCAUCAAGGACAACCUCACCGUGCCGGGUUCCGCUACCGGCCCCGAGGAGAGGGAUGUUUUGUUCGGACAGGUCUUCGGACUCCUGGCCAUCAUCCGCUCCGGCAGGCUCGUGCAGCCCGGUUCUCGCGCUGCUGCUGCUGCGACACCCGCCACCAAGGGAUCCAAGACGGCCGUCGAGUCGGACGCGGCGGCCGACGUCGUGCAGCGCCUCCUCCAACUCGCUGACAAGAAGUCGUUCCUUGCCGAGAUUGCCCACCAGGCCAUCAUCACGUUCCUCUCUCAGAUUGAGAAGAAGUUUUUCGAGGAGCACAUUUUGCCCGUCAUCCUGGAGCGCGUCAAGGCCGACGCCAACUCGUGGUCGCCGGAGCUCCUCACCCUCGUCAUCCACCUCAACGAACUCUUCCAGCUCAACGUGAGCGAACACAACGGCAAGUGGUCCUCCAAGAACGGUGGCAGGAUCGUCCAGGUCGACAACAUCAAGCAUCUCAAGCAAAUCUGCAAGCAGAGCGUCUAUGUCCACCCCAAGAUUCACUCCCUCUGGGACACGCUGCUGCCCCGUCUGUGUUCCGAGAAGUCCGAGAAGGACGUGCUGAGCAAGUUCUGGAACGAAGUGGUCGAGGGCGAGCUCUUCACCGCCACCCACAACACGCAGUACCUGGCCUACCAGCUGGUGGAGCAGGUCCCCGUCGUACUCACGCGAGCGUUCAUCCGACGCAUGCUCAAGGAGUCGUCCGGCAGCAUCCACCUCCAGGCCGUCGCCAAGCAAACCGUCACUGCCCUCGCACCGCUGGCCCGAAGAGGCUCCGAGGUGAGCCUCGCGGUGCUCAUGCAGCUCGCUGCGGCCAGCAAGCAAUUCGAUUUCUUCACCAAGACCCGAACGACGACCGACUUGAUGAAGGCGCUCGAUGUCAAGGAGGUGCACACAUUCACCGAAUACCUGAAGGACAUGUUCUACGGCGACAAGCAAAAGGCCGAGAAGCGCAAGGAGAAGGAGGCCGGCGGCGCCGAGUCCUCGCGCCUGUGGGCGCUCAACAAGCUCAACGAAAUGGCCCGCGCCCGGGGCGUGCACAAGGACGAGAAGUGGUUCCUCUCCCUGCUCCGCUUCUGCUUCUACCACGCCUUCUACGCGCCACAGAGCGUCGACAAGAUCGACGGCCCCGUCGCCGGCCUGCUCAAGGAGGAGGGGCUGCUGCGCGUGCCGUCGCCGCCGCUCUCCGGCAAGACCCGAUCGCUCUGCGGCGAGCGAUUCCUGGUGCUGCUGGGCGAAGUCGCCACCCUGCCCCCGCUGGGCCAGAGGGAGAACCGCAAGGCCGCGGCCCAGGAGGACAAGGCCGACCAGGAUGCCGAUGAAGAAGAGGAGGACAAGGACCACCACCGCAACCCCUUCUUCGAUGGUCAAUGCGCGGACGGCGAGCUGUGGGUGUGGAAGAUUGCGCACUUCCACACGCAGCUCAGCGCCUCGGCGGCGCUGCGGUUCGUGCCGCAGCUGAGCAAGGAGGCCAAGCAGCUCCAGGUCCAGAUCCUCGACGUGGCCCAGGCCAUCCACAAGUCCGAGCAGCAGCGCCUCAAGAAGGGCGAGGCCAUCGAGAAGGACGCCAACGCGGCUCGCGCGCGCGGCUUCGCGAUCCUCCUGCUGUUCCUCCACACCUACGUCAUCCACGACAACGAGCUCGUCGGUGCGCUCGAGGACCUGCUCGAGUGCUGGAAGCGGAUCGACGCCGCCCAGGCCCCGGCCAAAGGCAGCAGCAGCAGCACGAAGGACAAGCGGAAGAGCAAGGACGCCAUGGAGGUCGAGCAGGGGGAGGAGCCCGAGCCGAUGGCCGUGCUGGUGGACAUCCUCAUCAGCUUCCUCACCAAGGCCUCGUCGCAGCUGCGCGACCUGGUGACCCGCACCUUCCGCCUCUUCGCCUCGCAGAUGACGUCGUCCUCGUGCCAAGCGCUGGUCGAGGUCGUCACCGGCAAGCGGGACUCCACCCUCUUCGGCAUCGAAGACGAAGACGAUGAGGAGGAGGUAGAGGAGGACGAAGAUGAACACGACGACGAUGACGACGACGAGGAAAGCGAUGAUGAAGACGAAGAGGAGAGCAGUGAUGACGACGACGAUGAGGAGGAGGAGGAGAGCAAGGCCGACACAUCGCUGGACACCAGCAAGCACAAGUCGAGCGACAGUGAGGAGGAGGAGGAGGAGGAAGAGGAAGAACUGCUCGAUGACGCCGCCAUGUUCAAGAUGGACGAGAAGAUCGUGGCCGUGCUGAAGAACAUGAAGGAGAAGAAGACCAACGAGCGGGACGCGCGCGAGAGCGUCAAGCACUUCAAGUGCCGCGUGCUGGACCUGCUCGAGAUCUUCGUGAAGAGGCAGCACGACUCACACCUCAUCCCCGAGAUGAUCGGACCCCUGGCCGCGGCCGUGAGGGACUCCGCCCAGAGCAAGCACCAGCAGGAGCUCUCCACCAAGCUGGCCGGCUUCCUCAAGCGCCUGUUCAAGAGCAAGCACUACCCGAAGGGCGUGGCGCAGACGGAGUACCUGCACGACCUGCUCGGUACCUUCGUGGAGCGCGCCAUGCACACCAAGAGCCUCUCGGCCGACCUCUUCUCGGGCGGCAUCUUCUACAUCGUCAAGAUCCUGCUGGCCGGCAAGCCCUCGCGCGACUACAAGACGUCGAGCUUCUUUGAGCGGGUCAAGGCCGCGCACGAGGAAGAGGAGGCGGAGCGGGCCAAGAAGGCGGCCGAGGAGAAGGAGAAGCGGGCCGCCGCAGGCGAGCCGGAGAAGAAGGAGGAGGGACAGAAGAAGCGAAAGAGGGGCGACACCAAGACCGCCGCCAAGGCGGGGGGCAAGAAGGGCAAGAAGGACGAGGAGCUCGACGAGGCCACGCUCCUCCGCAAGACCAUCGUCCGACGAUACAGGAAGAACAGUCUCCCCAAGGACACCACCAACAAAAUGCUGGGCGGUUUGGACGUGGACCGCGCCAUGUACCUCCUCCGCAUCGCCAUGCGGGACUUUAUGACGCGGAACAGCACCCGCAUCGAGCCCCACUUCUUCCUCCACUUCUCCCAGAACUUCCCCAAGCUGUCGUGGAUGCUCAUGCCCGACUACCUGAGCUACGUCACUCUGGCGCGGUCGGCGUUCCUCAAGCAGCACAUCUUCGUGAUCCUCUCGGACCUCCUCAAGAGGCCGGAGGCCAUCGGAGAGAACGGCGAGGGCGUCGUGAGCGUGCUCCCGCAGAUCCGCGAGGCGUUCGUCGCAAUUUUGAAGGCACCGCCCCACACCGCCCUGCGCCUCUGUCAUGUUCAUGGUCUCCACGUACUGACUGUCGCCGUGGCCUUGGCACGCGAUGCAACUCAACAGGACCAGAAGAAGUUGAAGCCGGACUACGUGGUGGCGAUGCUGCAGUGCUUGAAGCAGGUGGUGGACGUGCUGCUGGAGAAGGCCAAGCAGGAGCCGGCCAAGGUCAAGGCCGAGCUGUUCGCCCCGAAGGAGAGCAAGAAGCCGCGCGUGCCCGAACAGGCGCGGAAGAGCCUGCAGGAGGUGCUCGAUGCCCUCAUCGAGGCGCGGCGCGCGUCGCAGGCCAUCUGCGGCCACGCCUCCAAGCUCUACCACGCCCUCGCGCUCGCGCUGCCCAACGAGCUGCAGAAGAGCCAGCUCUCCAAGCAGGACCGCAAGAAGCAGCGACGGGAGGAGAAGAAGAAGCGACAGGAGGAGCGCGACCGCAAGCGCUUCGAGAAGCUGGCCCAGAAGAAGCUCAAGUACCAGCUCCUCGCCCAGCAGGAGGCCGCCGGUGGUGGCGCCGCACCCACCGAGGCCGCCAAGGACGCCAUGGACACCGAGAGCACCAGCGCCAGCGCCACGCCAACCUCCACGCCCACGACGCCGCGAAAGGACGCCGCGGCGGCCAACGGUGGCGGCAAGAAGGCCAAGAAGAGCAACGGCGGCGGCGCCAAGAAGAAGGGCGGGAGCAAGAUCAACAAGAAGAAGCAGGCCUAA